ACUCUAAAGAGUUUUUUCUUUUUCACCAGUGCAAGUGAGGAAUGUAAGCUAAAGUCAACAGCUUCUUCUCUGGACUUUUAUCAUCCAGUCUGUGUAUUUGGAAGCACGACAUUCUGCUUGCUUGUGUAAAAAAAAAAAAUCACAGCAGGAAGAAAGGAAUUUUAUUCAGUGGGAGUGUAAAAAUGCCUCGGUCCUUUUUAGUGAAGAAACAUUCAAGUCAUGCAAAGAAGCCAAAUUAUGGUGAACUGGAAACCCAAAAAGAAGUGACAACUGCACCAUAUUGCUGUGAAGGAAUUAUUUUACCCAUGAUUCUGCAGCCCAAGGAUGGUCCAUCUCUGUCACAUGACCACUUCUGGGAAAGGAAUGCCAUUAUUGCUAGGGUUUCCAUGCCCUUUACUUCAGAUGGACAGCUCAAGGCAACAACAAGUGCAAACUGCCCUGAUCUAGCCUUCAGGCUGAUGGACACUUUUUCUACCAGCGCCCAGUCUACACCUCUCAGAGACACAUUAAAUGACCUCAACGUGUCUUCCUGCAUCUGCUCCAAGAAAAGGCCAUUAAAUGACUGUAGUACUUUUGUUGUUGAGAAUGAUACACAGAACAAAGUAAGUGGCACAGAAGGCCACAAUAUUACAGAACAUCUGGAAAAGUUUGAAUGCUCCGACUGCCACAAGAUGUAUCACUCAUUCUCUGGACUGGCCAUUCACACACAACUACAGUGCAGUCUGCAGACCAAGAAGUAUUUUAGCUGUAAGUACUGUGAUAAGGAAUAUGCAAGUCUGGGAGCACUGAAAAUGCACAUAAGAACUCACACAUUGCCCUGUGUCUGCAAAAUCUGUGGAAAAGCAUUUUCAAGGCCUUGGCUAUUACAGGGACAUAUAAGAACGCAUACAGGUGAGAAGCCCUUUGCAUGCUCUCAGUGCAGCAGGGCUUUUGCGGACCGCUCUAACCUUCGAGCCCACUUACAAACACACUCAGAUGUCAAGAGGUACCAGUGCAAGGCCUGUUCAAAGACAUUCUCCAGGAUGUCCCUGCUUGCCAAGCAUGAGGAGUCUGCUUGUUGCUCCAUGACCUGAAGAAGAUCACUCAGAUGUUUAAUUUCAAAGGGAUAAAUGAUGUAAAAGCAGCUACUGGCAGUAUGUCCAUCUAAACUGACCUUCUGCCAGAGGACUGUCUUGUUGCAGGAAGGCUCCUAGAAGAUAAAUUAUUCUUUCACCUAAUCCAUGAGUGGAUCAAAAAGGUCUGAAUGACAAUGGGCUGCAGUAUAUAUCAUAUUUAAGUUAAUAUCCCUGCAAUCUUCUGUUUUAUUAAGCUGUAAUUUUCUCUUCAAAAAAGGACAUUUUGAAGCAUUUCAAGAAUUAUGUUGGCAGAUCACUGCAGUGUUAUUCUGUAUUAAUAAUCACAGAAAAAUUAAUUUACUUCAAAAUAAAGAUAUCAGAGUUUAGCCCUAAA